UCGCUUUUCUCCUGCGAUCUUUUUUUAUCAUUUUCUCUUUGUCGGUUAGAUUUGGAAAACUUUCAACUACAAAGAGAGAUUCCUAAAGUUUUCCACCAAAAAAAGUAAAAGACUUUUCCAUUAAAGAAUGGUAGAAACAGGUCACCAUCAUCAACAUCCACCGGCACCGGCUGCAUUCGGUCCUCCACAGGUCUCAUCUAUGGCGGUUUCCAGAGGACCCACUUGGCCUCCCGCCGAACAACUCCAUCAUCUUCAGUACUGCAUCCACUCUAACCCUUCAUGGCAUGAGACGGUUGUACUAGCUUUCCAGCAUUACAUCGUGAUGCUCGGGACUACUGUUUUGAUUGCCAACACACUUGUGCCCCAAAUGGGUGGAGAUCCUGGUGAUAAAGCGAGGGUUAUUCAGACUAUAUUGUUUAUGUCGGGAAUAAACACGUUGCUACAAACGCUUAUCGGAACAAGGCUUCCCACUGUUAUGGGAGUUUCAUUCGCGUAUGUUCUUCCUGUAUUGUCUAUCAUCAGAGAUUACAACGAUGGUCAAUUCGAUACUGAGAAGCAGAGAUUCCGGCAUACUAUGAGAACCGUACAAGGAUCCCUAAUCAUUUCUUCAUUCGUCAACAUCAUAAUUGGAUAUGGUCAGGCAUGGGGGAACUUGAUAAGAAUCUUUAGUCCCAUUAUUGUUGUGCCAGUGGUUACUCUUACGAGCCUUGGCCUGUUCGUUAGAGGUUUUCCAUUGCUUGCAAACUGUGUGGAAAUCGGUCUACCAAUGCUUAUUCUGUUGAUCGUCUCACAACAAUAUCUUAAACAUCUCAUCCCAAGAAUUCAUAUGAUACUUGAAAGAUAUGCUUUACUAGUUUGCCUAGCACUCAUCUGGGCUUUUGCUGCUAUCCUUACUGUUUCUGGUGCUUAUAACAAUGUUUCGGUUGCGACAAAACAAAGUUGCCGCACAGAUCGUGCGUUUCUUAUGUCCUCCGCUCCCUGGAUUAGAAUCCCCUACCCGUUCCAGUGGGGGACUCCGAUAUUCAGAGCGAGUCAUGUUUUUGGAAUGUUUGGUGCUGCGGUCGUUGCAUCUGCAGAGUCUACCGGAGUAUUUUUUGCUGCAUCUAGACUAGCAGGAGCAACAGCACCUCCAGCACAUGUCGUCUCUCGUAGUGUCGGGCUGCAGGGUAUUGGUGUGCUCCUUGAAGGGAUAUUUGGUUCCAUUACUGGCAAUACCGCGUCUGUCGAAAAUGUCGGUCUCCUUGGACUCACACGAAUAGGGAGUAGAAGAGUGGUGCAGAUUUCGACGAGUUUCAUGAUAUUUUUCUCCAUAUUUGGAAAAUUUGGUGCCUUCUUUGCAUCUAUCCCGCUUCCAAUCUUUGCAGGCAUAUACUGUAUACUACUUGGAAUUGUUGCGGCUGUUGGAAUAUCUUUUAUACAGUUUUCGGACACCAAUUCUAUGCGAAACAUCUAUGUCAUUGGUGUCUCUCUCUUCCUAAGUCUUUCCAUUGCUCAGUACUUUCUUUCCAACACUACAAGAGGAGGAUAUGGGCCAGUUAGAACAGCGGGUGGAUGGUUCAACGAUAUACUUAACACGAUAUUUGCUUCGGCUCCGUUGGUGGCUAUCAUUGUGGCGACUAUACUAGAUAAUACGUUGGACCCAAGUCAUGCUAUUAAUGAAAGAGGAAUACCAUGGUGGAAGCCGUUUCAGCACAGGAACGGAGACAACAGGAACGACGAGUUCUACAGUUUUCCCCUUAGAGUUGGCGAGUACAUACCUACGCGGUUCCUUUGAAAGACUGCUCCCCUGAAGGAUUCUUCUGUAUGUGGAAAUGUAAGAUUUGUGCAGGUCAUAUAGCUUCAGUUAAUGAAGGAAAAAAAAAGAAUAUAAGACUUUGAUGGAAAAAGCUAUUUUGCAAACCAAUACCUGUGUUACCCGAUACUACGCGGCAGAUUUUAAUCUAUUUUAUCCGUAAAUUUACCCUUUGGGUAA